AUGGAAAAUAUUACACAGCCCACUCAGCAAUCUACACAAGCUACGCAAAGAUAUCUUAUUGAGAAGUUCUCGCAAGAGCAAAUAGGUGAAAAUAUUGUGUGUAGAGUCAUUUGUACUACGGGUCAAAUUCCCAUCCGAGACCUGUCAGCUGAUAUUUCGCUGAUUCUGAAAGAAAAACGACCUAUAAAGAAAGUUUGGACGUUUGGCCGAAACCCGGCAUGUGACUACAACUUGGGUAAUAUCUCAAGGCUAUCUAAUAAGCAUUUCCAGAUAUUAUUAGGUGAGGAUGGUAAUCUCUUGCUAAAUGACAUUUCUACUAAUGGGACCUGGUUGAACGGACAAAAAGUUGAGAAGAAUAGCAAUCAGUUGUUGUCCCAAGGUGAUGAAAUAACCAUUGGUGUAGGCGUAGAGUCGGACAUUUUAUCUCUGGUCAUAUUCAUAAAUGAUAAAUUCAGGCAGAGUCUCGAGCAGAACAAAGUGGACCGCCUAAGAUCUAACUUGAAAAAUUCUUCCAGAAUAGCGUCUCCGGGUCUCACCUCCUCCACCACAUCAGCCAUUAUGGCCCGCAAAACUGGUAUUUUCAAAGAUUUUUCCAUUAUCGACGAAGUGGUGGGCCAGGGUGCAUUUGCCACGGUAAAGAAAGCUAUAGAGAGAACUACUGGGAAAACAUUCGCAGUAAAGAUUAUAAGUAAGCGUAAGGUAAUAGGAAAUAUGGAUGGAGUGACAAGAGAGUUGGAGGUUUUGCAAAAACUGAACCACCCAAGGAUAGUGCGGUUGAAGGGAUUUUACGAAGACGCUGAAAGUUAUUAUAUGGUGAUGGAGUUUGUUUCUGGUGGCGAUUUAAUGGAUUUUGUUGCAGCCCAUGGUGCUGUGGGGGAAGAUGCUGGAAGAGAGAUAUCGAGACAAAUACUCGCAGCAGUAAAGUACAUUCAUUCAAUGGGUAUCAGCCAUCGUGACCUAAAGCCUGAUAAUAUUCUUAUUGAACAGGACGAUCCUGUAUUAGUAAAGAUAACUGAUUUUGGUCUAGCCAAAGUGCAAGGUAAUGGCUCCUUUAUGAAAACGUUUUGCGGUACGCUAGCAUACGUAGCACCUGAAGUCAUUAGGGGCAAAGACUCGUCCGUAUCUCCGGACGAAUGCGAAGAAAGAAACGAGUAUUCCUCAUUGGUGGAUAUGUGGUCAAUGGGGUGUCUUGUAUAUGUCAUUUUAACGGGUCACUUACCUUUUAGCGGUAGUACCCAGGACCAACUUUAUAAACAGAUUGGAAGAGGAUCUUAUCAUGAAGGACCCUUGAAAGAUUUUAGGAUAUCUGAAGAAGCAAGAGAUUUUAUUGAUUUAUUAUUACAGGUGGAUCCAAAUAAUAGGUUAACCGCUGCAAAAGCUUUGGAUCAUCCUUGGAUUAAAAUGAAUCCAUUUGGUUCACAAUCAUACGGUGAUUUCUCACAAAUCUCUUUGUCGCAAUCCUUGUCCCAACAGAAAAUAUUGGAAAAUAUGGACGAUGCUCAAUACGAAUUUGUAAAAGCACAAAGAAGAUUGCAAUUAGAACAGCAACAUCUGGUACAGGAUAACGACCGAGAACAAGAACAAGAAGACCAAGAUGGCAAAAGCCAGGGGUUUAAAAUACCCGUUCAUCCACCCAUUCGAUAUACACAGCCUAAAAGCAUUGAAGCUGAUUGUCGAGAACAAAAAAUUAUGCAUCCUCAAAAUAUCACCAAUAUCAAGAGCGCGAAGAAAAGGGGUAAUGGGAGGUUUUUAACUUUACAGCCAUUGCCUGAGAGCAUUAUCCAAGAAAGCCUGGAAAUACAGCAAGGCGUGAACCCAUUUUUCAUUGGCAGAUCUGAUGACUGCAAUUGUAAAAUUGAAGACAAUAGGUUAUCUCGGGUGCAUUGCUUCAUCUUCAAGAAAAGACAUGCUGUGGGGAGAAGUAUGUAUGAAUCUCCUGCCCAAGGUUUAGAUGAUAUUUGGUACUGUCAUACAGGUACUAAUGUGAGCUAUUUGAAUAAUAGCCGAAUGAUCCAAGGCACGAAGUUUCUUUUACAAGAGGGCGAUGAAAUCAAGAUUAUUUGGGAUAAAAAUAAUAAUUUUGUCAUUGGAUUUAAAGUGGAAAUUAAUGAUACCACAGGUCUGUUCAACGAUGGAUUGGGCACACUACAGGAGCAAAGAGUAGUAAUGAAACAAACUGCCGAGGAAAAAGAUCUUGUCAAAAGAUUAACCCAAAUGAUGGCGGCUCAACGUGCAAAUCACCCUUCGGUUGCUUCCUCGCCAUCAGCGACUAGGAAGUCACCAAUAGGUGUUACAAGCCACACAAGCAAUAACUCGGUGUUAAGCGAUUUGGUAGAAGCACCGAAUAAUGCGAACGCUGGCAACAUUCUAAAAAGAAUACAUUCAGUAAGUUUGUCCCAAUCACAGACUGAUCCUAGCAAAAAGGUAAAAAGGGCAAAAUUGGACCAAACCUCAAAAGGCCCCGAGAAUUUGCACUUUUCUUAA